CGCUCGAAUAGGAUAUUGCCAAGUUAGGCACCUGCUUGGCAAGAUUCCGAGGGAACGUUACUUCCUCGUAUGGCUAUGGGAGAUGCAUGGCCGGUGAAAAAUGGCCGGUGUUAGCUCUCAGCGUACUCGGUGGCUUCGAGACAUAGGUGUGUAUACAUUUAUCUAUGUGGGUUGUAUAAAGCAGACGUCAAACCUUCGUGUCUGGAGAAGUAUCUCGAACACCACAUCCCCUCGACAUCACCAAGCAGCCUUCAAUCCGUUCUCAGUAUGAAGACCGCCUUUGUCACUGUCCUGGCUACGUGGCUCGCCGCUUCUGCUGGCGUAAGUGCUGCACCAGCUCUUCCCUCGCCGGACACCUCUCCCAAUCCUCUCAACAAACGAGGCCUUUGGUUCCGCGACGAAUGCCAUGCAACCAUAGGAGGUACUGUAGUCGGAGGCAGCACGCUCUGGAUGUUGCGGAACACCUGGAACAACAACUACGGCGGCGACUUUGGCGGCAACCUCGGCGUCUACGAAAUCAAGGGCGUCUGCUGCUGGGGCCAGUGCUUGUGGGUGGCGUCCGAGGGCCAGGGCAGGAGCUGGUCUGGCGAUGCCUGGGGCAAUGCGCACCACAGGCUUACGGGCAUCACGGGUGGCAGCCAGCGUGGUCUCUGUGGAGCCAGACUCAACAAUGAUGCCUAUCUUGUCAUGAUGUCUGCUCAGCACAACCAGGUAUCACACCAGGGUAGAAAAAUUGGCGAGAUCUUCGGGGACACCUGCCGUGGUAACCCGCCGUGGUAGGCAACGAAUGGCGGCGACAAGGGUCCGUAAAUGUUGGGAUUGGUUGGAUGGAUAUGAACAGGUCAUCACAAGAAUUAUUAUUCGUGUAGAUAGCCUGUGUAGCUCAGCAUAAGUCAGUCUGAAUC